CAAUCUCUCCUCUCUCCAGGGAAAUGAGCUGGUUGUCUGGGUGGGCAGAGAAGGCUGAAGAGUUUCUAAAUCGUGUGGAUCAGGGGGCAGCACAGGCCUUGCAAACGGACACUGGUUUAUUGAGUUCUACAUUUGCAGUGCCAAGUGCACCAAGUAAUUAUGAAACCGAGAAAGAAGUGGGUGCUGAUGCUCAAUCACAGCCAUCAGCACCACGGAAGAAUCUAACACCAGCGUCCAGUGUCCCACACAACCUGUCAUCUUAUUGGGAUUCAGCUCAUCAGAAAUCCAAUUCUUCAGCUAACAGAAAGGAUAGCCCCAUUCAUCGCCCCAAGCCUAAGGACGACGAACUAAUGGAGUAUCUCAACAAUCCUGAUUCAGUGAAUCCAAGUGCCAAGUCUGAAUCAACAUCAACCUUUGGAGAAUCAGUAGUUGAUGCAGAAGUUACUCAGGAGCAGUUGCUCCUAGGAGCCAUGGAACAGAUUGAGAUGAAAACUGACGUUGAAGAAGCAGAGACCUUGAAGACCAAUCGUAGUGGUCACUCAGGCUUAGGUGAAGGAUUUCAGCCAAAUUGGCAAAUGUCCAGGGAGAAUGAAACCAGUCCUCCAGUUAUGGAUGAGAAUUCCCUCUUAAGGAGUGAAGUCAACUCUCUUAAUGAAGAAAUGAACCAAUUGUUGAAGAGAGUCAAGGAUCAGGAGCAAGAGAAUAAAAAAAUGGAGAAAACUAUAGAACUCAGCAAGUCAGAAAUGAAAUCCAAGCAAGCAAUCAUCAAGGAGUUGGAAGCCAAAUCGAGGGAUAUGACUGAUGCACUUCAGGCCAAGGACUCUCAGCUGGCUGUGCUUAGAGUUCGCCUUCAGGAGGCAGACAGUGACCUCAAAAUCAAAGAAGAUUUUUUGGAGAAACUUCGUCAGGAGAAUCAGAUGAUCAUUCAGGCCAGCAGUGAAUCAAGUGGUUUACAUAAUCAAGCUCUGGAGUCUCUCCAGGGAAAAGUGGUCGAGUUAGAGGCUGCUUUGGAACGAGAGCAGUCUGCUCAUCGUGCUGCCCAAGCAGAGGCUAUGCAGAGGUCAUCUCAGCUGGAGGAGGAAAAAGCAGCUUUAUCUGCCACCUUAACGGAAAUGCAAGGAAAGAUGAAAGAAAGCAAGGAAUGGGCAAGUGAACUGAGUGCUCGCUUGCAACGGGAAAAGGAGAGCAAAGAAGCUGCCCAGGAAGAAUAUGCCGAGUACAAGCAGAAAGCACAACGGAUACUACAAAGUAAGGAGAAACUGAUUUCUAGUCUAAAGGAAGGCAACAAGGCAGAUGGAUCUGGAGUGGACAGCAAGGAAGUGGAGUCACUGAAAAUGGAAUUGGAUCAAAUCAAACAGGAGAGAGACCUGCUGCGUGAAGAGAUCCAGCAGACCCAGGUGACUCUGCAGCAGUUGAAAACUCAGCUCUAUGAGCAAGAAACUACAAUUCAAUCUGAUGCAGCUGCAGCACAUGAGACUCAAAGGACUCUAGAAGACAGCCUCAAAGAUGAGAGUCAUAAGAAGGAGGAAUUGGAAAAAGAGUGUAAACACCUGAAUGAAGAAAUCCAAUACCUGAGAGAUGAACUUCUGAAGCAGAAGACAACACUCUCAAGUCGAAUUGAUGAGAGAGAGCAGGAGAUAGGACGACUGAGACAACAGCUCACUGCCAAGCAACUGUCAUCAAGUUCUACAACGGAAUUGGAGGCUCGACUCCAAAGUCUCACAGAGAGUCUCAUACAGAAGCAGACACUCAUUGAAACAUUGAGCACUGAGAAGAACUCUCUGACUCUUCAACUGGAACGUCUUGAGGAUCAAGUGAAAAGAGAUGGCCUGUUUCCUCGCCCAAGCAGCUCCUUCAUCAACAUGAAUUCAACCGAUGAUGCAAAGGCUCAGUACCCAAGCUUCAUGAUUGAGAACCCAUUUGAUAGUGGGGUUACCAGGCGUGUUAAAAGGGCCUACAGCACUCUGGACCGCUUCAGUGUUCGCCUGGGGCGCACUCUCCGUCGUUACCCCAUGGCUCGGACCCUCAUCAUCAUUUAUAUGAUCCUCUUACACUUAUGGGUGAUGAUUGUCCUGUUGACCUACAAGCCUGAGAUCCAUAAUACUAAUUUCUCUCCAGAGCCCAUUCCACCCAAGCCACUUUAAAAAAUAACUUCAGCUUAUUUCAAUACCUUCUGUAUUUAAGAUGAAUCUAUUGUACCACAUAUACAGUUCACUUUUUCUCAUAUAUUGAACUAUGCAAUCGUAAAAAUCUCUGAAGAAGUUGGAACAAAUCAAUGGAAUGUGGAGUUGCCAAUCAAGGAAUGUGUAGGUUCAUGGUCUCUGUGUGAUAAGUUCAUUGAAGGUGAUGGUACAAUAAAAAUGAUAUUUUCAUGCAUGAA